AUGCCAAGAAGUGUGGAGGCUCGCCGCAACUGCCCUCCAAACAGCAGCAGCAGCAGCAGCAGCAUCUUCACGCGACGACUUUCCUCUUCCAAUCGCGACUUCUCAUACGCGAAACAAUUCACCAUGUCGGCACAAGAUAUGCGCGACAUGCUCGGCCUGACGGGCGAUGUUGCCCGUCCGCCGCCCUUGAAGAAGCAAAAGACGGUCGAGAAGCGUGCACGUAUGUCGCAUCUUUCAAUCACUGGAUGCGCCGCCUGCUAA